AGCCUCCAUCCAUCAUCAUCAUGACUAUGAUACACAGCUCAACACACCAAGGAAGACGACGAUGACGAAUCUAUUUCUUCAAUCCCGAACGAAUCUAAUAACCCUUUCUACUGUUCUACUCACAUAGCAUACCCCCCAUUCUUGUAUUCCCUACGGAAUUUAAGGAGGGCAGUUACUCGUUCUCCGCGUUCUCUGCCGUUCCACAGGCCGCCGCCGGCGAUGGCGAAGAGGAGGAGGAAGACGGUGGUGCUGCUGCGGCGCGUGCUAACCUGCGCCAUAUGCGCGAUAGCCCUCGUCGCCCUGUUCUCCGCGCACGUUCUCGUUAUGACUUUUCCCUCAUCCGGAGUCACCAAGCUCCCCACCCUAUAUGAAUUUGGGUACCAAAGACUGAGCAGGGAGAGAAGUUGGACUCAAGAAAUUUUCCCGUCCAAUCUGUCCAAAGUCCCCCUACCUGCUAGCAAGGUUUGGCAUACCGAUGGCUCAAACCGGAGUUCAAAUUUGGACAAGUUAUGGAGACCUCUGCCGAAUAGAAACUAUGUUCCUUGUGUUGCCCCAAGCUCUUUGUAUACGCCUCCUCGAAAGCCGCAAGGGUACCUGCUGGUUCAUACUAAUGGUGGGCUUAAUCAGAUGAGGGCCGGGAUAUGUGAUAUGGUUGCUGUUGCCCGUAUCAUAAAUGCUACUCUUGUAAUUCCAGAGCUUGAUAAACGAUCUUUAUGGCUGGAUUCUAGCAAUUUCCGAGAUGUAUUUGAUGAGGACCAUUUCAUCAGUUCUUUGGCGAACGAUGUGACAAUAAUAAAAAAGUUACCUACUGAGCUGGCAAGUGCAACUAGAGCAGUUAAGCAUUUCAGGAGUUGGUCAGGCAUGGAGUACUAUGAAGAAGAAAUUGGCAGCUUGUGGAAAGAGUAUAAGGUCAUUCGGGCAGCUAAGUCUGAUUCGCGGCUAGCUAACAAUAACCUCCCCCCUGACAUUCAAAAAUUGAGGUGCAGAGCUUGUUAUCAAUCCCUUCGUUUCUCACCCCGGAUUGAAGCAAUGGGAAAGUUGUUGGUUGACCGUAUGCGGUCCUAUGGUCCAUAUAUUGCUUUGCAUUUAAGAUAUGAAAAAGACAUGCUUGCGUUUAGUGGAUGCACUCAUGAUUUAUCCCCAGAAGAAGCUGAGGAAUUAAAGGGAAUCAGGGAGAACACCACUUGGUGGAAAGUGAAAGACAUUGACCCUGAAGAACAGAGAGCCAAAGGCUAUUGCCCUUUAACUCCAAAGGAAGUUGGAAUGUUCCUUUCAGCUUUAGGGUUUCCAUCGACAACCCCUAUAUACAUUGCUGCUGGGGAAAUAUAUGGGGGCGAUUCCCGCAUGGCUGAUCUACAAUCGCGCUUUCCCUUAUUGAUGAACAAGGAAAAGCUGGCUUCGGCUGUGGAGCUUGAACCGUUCAUGAAUCAUGCAUCUCAGAUGGCUGCACUGGACUAUAUUGUGUCGGUCGAGAGUGACAUUUUUAUCCCUUCCUACUCUGGAAAUAUGGCAAGAGCAGUUGAGGGUCAUCGUCGCUUCCUAGGGCACAGGAAAACCAUUUCUCCUGACAGGAAAGCCCUUGUCCGUCUAUUUGACAAAGUUCAGAUGGGAAAACUGAGAGAAGCCAGUGAUCUGUCGGAUCGUGUCAUUGAAAUCCACAAAAGAAGGCAAGGGUCGCCAAGGAAGAGAAAAGGGCCAGUAUCAGGGACAAGAGGAAUGGACAGAUUCCGUUCCGAGGAGGCAUUUUACGUGAAUCCACUACCCGAUUGCCUGUGUCUCAAGCACCCGCCAAUGCAUACAUCAAACAACAACUCCCUUCCUAUCACUGUGACAUAACCGAGACACAAAAAAAUACAGCGUAAUCUCUUCUCUAACUUGGAGGUACAUAUAUACACACACACUUGCAUACUUGGGUUGGGGGGGGGGGUAUCGGGAUUCUUAAUUAUAUUGACUUGAGAAUCUUGGGCUUCAUGCGAACAAGAUGUGUACAUCGGACGAGAAUCUAUACGAAAAAAUAUAUAUCAUCUGGGAGUAGAUAGAUCGAUCGAUAGAUGAUUUUGAAAUGUGAAGAAAACUAGAGAUGAAAAGAGAUGGGAAGAGUUCCAUAUUGAAGCUGCUCUGUUCUAUUGCAUGAAAAGCCUGAGGGAAAAAGCACACAUUGUGUUGUACAUACUGCAAAUUAGAGGCUCAUUUUCUGCAGCAAUGUACAUUGACCAACCUGAUUUUUUUGCACUUCUUUUAUUCUUUUUUUUCUCCUCCUUUUACGCUUUGCUUUUUUGUCCAUUGUUUUGAACAAAAAGAAACAGAACUGACUUGCUGGAUAUAUAUAAUGUGUAUUGUACAGCUCUUACAUUCAUUUUUUUAAAUAAUUAUCGAUCGACUGUUUAUAUAAACUAAAAUUGAAUGAAUGGAAGUAUACAUU